UGACAAAAUAUGACAACAUUUUUCUCGGUCAAGAGCAAAUUUUCAAUUUCAAUCUCAUAAGGAAACCCCCGAUCACAUUUAUUAUUUGAGAAUUUUAAGCGUACAUUCUUCAACUAUUAAGUUAAGAUAUGGCUGAUUGUGAUAAUCAAGAGGAGAGUGGAAUGAAACAUUAUUGUGGUAUAUUUGGUGCAGUAGCAGUAGAACCUUGGCCUACACAGUUGGAUUUACCUCAUAUUCUUACUCUAGGACUGCUUGGACUUCAACAUCGAGGCCAAGAAAGUGCUGGUAUAAUCACAACUACAGGUGAAGAGGGUCAGUUUAAACAAAAGAAAGGAAUGGGACUGGUAGAACAAAUUUUCCGAAAUGAAGAUAUGAUCAAAUUAAAUGGAAAUAUGGGAAUAGCUCACAAUAGAUAUUCUACUAUGGGAGGUUCUGAGUUGUUAAAUAUACAGCCAUUUGUUGUAAAUACUAUACAUGGUAAAAUAGCUAUAGCACAUAAUGGUGAAAUAGUCAAUGCAGCUGAAUUAAGACAUCAGUUAUUAAAGAGUGGAGUAGGAUUAUCUACUGACAGUGAUAGUGAAUUAUUGAUACAGUUAUUAACACAUCCCCCGUCUUGUGGAGAACCUGAUGGCGCUAACUGGAUAAACAGAAUAAAAGCUAUGAUGAAGGUAGCCAUGUUGUCUUAUUCAUUAUUAAUAAUGUAUAAAGAUGUAGUAUAUGCUGUUAGAGAUCCGUUUGGAAACAGACCAUUAUGUAUUGGUAAAAUUCUACCACCUUCUAGCUUUAUUAGUGUGGAUAAUUGUAAUGAAAAAGAUGUUGAUGCCUAUGUAGUGAGCUCUGAAUCCUGUUCAUUCCAUGCUAUAGGUGCUAAAUAUUAUAGAGAUAUUCUUCCAGGUGAGAUAAUAGAAAUCAGUAAGAAAGGUAUCAAAUCUUGUGGUAUUGUAUCGAGACCUAAUGGUAAACUUCCAGCAUUCUGUAUAUUUGAAUAUGUUUAUUUUGCUAGAGCUGAUACUGUUUUUGAAAGUCAAAUGGUAUAUACAGCAAGACAGAGAUGUGGAGAACAGCUUGCUAUAGAAGCUCCUGUUGAGGCAGAUAUAGUUAGUACUGUACCAGAAUCGGCUACACCAUCAGCUGUUGAAUAUGCUAGAAAGCUAGGUUUACCAUAUACAGAAAUAUUCAGUAAAAAUCGUUAUAUUGGACGUACAUUUAUUCAACCAACCACUAGAUUGAGACAGUUGGGUGUUGCCAAGAAAUUUGGACCAUUAACUGAUAAUUUUGCUGGUAAAAGGAUUGUUUUGGUGGAUGAUUCUAUUGUACGAGGAAACACCAUGCAAGCUCUCAUCAAAUUAUUGAAGAAAUAUGGUGCUAAAGAGGUACAUGUUCGUGUAGCCUCACCACCUAUUAAAUAUCCAUGUUAUAUGGGUAUUAAUAUACCUACAAAAGAAGAAUUAAUAGCUAAUAGAAUCUCUUUACAAGAUUUACCAGAUCAUUUAUGUGCUGAUAGUGUGAAAUAUUUAACUAUAGAAGGUUUAGUGAAAGCUAUACAGGAAGGUAUUACAACUACUGGUCAGCCUAUUGGACAUUGUACAGCAUGUUUAUCAGGGGAUUACCCUGUCAAAUUAGAUUGGUGACCAAAACUCAAGAACUGACCAGAGAGAGAUAUCUGUGUGAAUUGUUAAAGAAAGCUCAUCUUAGAAAGUUCAUAGGUUAAGAUUCUUUAUCUAAUUUACUUCUAAAAAUCUGAUUGGUCUGUAUUAUUAGGUGUAAAAGUGAUGUCUUGAUAUAGAGUUGUAUGCUUUGUAUAAGUACAAUUAUGUUAAACUUACAAUGUUUUUGACAAGUGCAGUGUGUUAAUAAUACUCAGCUUGUGUCAGACAAAUCAAGACUCACUGAAGCUAGGGACUGAGGGACAAAAAAUAUUUGUUAUUUAUCAAAUUACUCUAUUUCUUAGAAACUUGAUUGUUUCAUAGUUCAAAUGUUGUGAAAUCGGACCCAGGAUGUUUUUUUUUCCGAAUCAAAACUUUUUGAAGUGCUAUUAGAGAUAUUUUUUUUUUUCGAUUGUUUUGUUUACAUGAAUUGUAUUUGGAACUUGUUUGGAUACAAAAAAUUUUAUAUUUUCAAUGAAAAUUUAGGAUCCAUUAAGCAUUAAAAAUUGCUUGUUUGUUUAUGACAUGGCUUCAAAUACUCCUGUCCAUUAAUGAUAAUUAUUCUAAUACUCAUAUAUUUGAAUUUUUAAUAUGAUGAUUGUCAUUAUCAUAUCAUACAGACAUACAGUUAGUUGAAAUAUUUCUCUCCAAUCAUAUCAUUUUAUUACCGUGAAGAUUCAAGAUUUUUGUUAUAAUGACAAUCUUGUAUUAAAUUCCUACAAUUUAUUCUCGCGUACUUUAUAAUAAAAGUUUUAUUUCAUACAUGUUUGGACAUAGAAAGGGGGAGAAGGAUGGGGUAUGGUGGUUGACAAUACAUGAUAAGCAGUGCAGCUUAAAUAAUGGCAAACACCAGUAUGGAUGCUUGGUGUGAUAUUGAUAUAUAGUUCCAGUUAUCUGAAUCUGAACAUUUCUAUUUGGUGGAAAAUAACCCCUGAAAUAAUUUCGACAACACAGAUGAAGCCAACAUUUCAAUAACAAAUCAAUUUAUUAAUAUAAACAUUAUAAAAAUUAAUAAGGCCACCCAUUAACUUGCAUUGAUACACACAGACUAGAGAGUUGUUUCAUUUAUUAGUGAGGUACAGGAAUCUUUGUCAAAUUGUCAAUGUGAUUAAAAUGCAGAUCUAGAUUUUUUUUUUAGUUUUUGUUUGAGAUUUGUUUAAAUUGGUCCGAGCUUUAACCACCACAGUUGCCAGUAACAUGAGUGAAAUUUGCUAGGGCAGCAUCAUUCAGCUUUUCUUUCAAAUUGUCGUUGAAUCUGAAGCAUAAGGUUGCCUUAAGUUUAAUUUGCCGAAACAAUGGUUACAAAGUUUAUUUGAUGACAUUGAACUUGAACUAUGCCAAUAAGAUUCAAUUAAAAGAGGAUAGACUGUAAAAGACAAGCAACCUGGUAACAUUGUUAUAAUAUUAAUGUUUCACAUUCAUAUAAUUUUCUUUGGUUUAUGUCAUAAGAAACAGCACAACAAACUUCAAUUGCGGAGUAAUAGUCAUCUAAGCACCAUUGUAUCUGAUAGAGUUCAAUUUUCAUUCAACAAUAUCAAGUUCAUAUGACAUGCAGUUCAAUAAAUACAGAUAUUAAUGGAAGUAGCUUGUUACCUAGGUAAUCAGAUGACUACAUCCCUUUAAAGGCAUUGUAAAGAUUGCUUUGUAAAUUUUUAGUGUAUUGAGGACACUGAUAACAUCAAUUUGCAACAUUCAAAUUUCCAGUCAGAUGUCUGUGCUACCUGUGAUUUCACAAAAAUUAAGUGAUUGAUGA